GUGAAAAGCACCAGCACCAGUCGCAACCAAGUCACGCACGGUAAUAGGUCGCGCGUGUCUUAUUAAUUUAUUAUUACAUUAACAAUACAGAAAAUAAUAAAAAUUGAGUAUUUGUUAAUUGAUUAUUGUUAUUAAAAAUACCAACGGAGAUAUUUAAAGAAAAAAAAUAAAGUGCGCAUGGUAUUAAUCACAGUAAUUUGUUUUUUUUUCGUUCUCCCUUUUUGUACAGUGAAUUAAAUCCAUCAGUGCCUAAACGGCUUUAAUUCAUUCAGCUAUAUGUUUGUUUAGAAAUCUCGUGUUGUGUUUAAACAAUUUAUUUAAAUACAGUGAGGAUAAAAGUGUUAAAAAAAACGUGGAGCGGUAAAGUGGGAGAGACAAAACGUUGGAUCACUUUUUUUCUUGAACACGGUGGAGCAAAACGGCCUCAAACUGUGGGGCUCCGGGGCGUUUUUUCUUCCACCCCAAGGGAUGUACUAUCCUCACGUGGUGCAGACAGGAAUGGCUGCGCCUUAUGGUGGGGGUGUAUUUCCACCUCCGGUUAACGGAGUAACUGGGGUCGUGGGGGCCUCGGGAGCUGCUGGAGAAGUAAAACCACCUCCGCCAGUACCGGUAAAAGAGGAAAAUACCGGAUCUCAGCAGCAAGCAACCCCUGGAGGGCCACAAAUACAAACCACACAAGGGACGCAACAUCAAACUGCGCCAGGUGCGCCGGCUGCAACUAGUUUUAGUCCACCACCUCCUCCAAAUGGGGUUGAUCAACAGGCAAUUUCAGAGGUAUUUCAAGCAGCAGUGCAAGCAGCAGCAGUGCAAGCCGCAGCAGUAGCAGCAGCGAACAGCGGAGGUCAGCAACCAGCACCAACCUCAGGUGGGACUGAAGCAAGUCCUGAGGGUGGAGUUGAGAAUAACAGCAUGGUGCCCGUUACGUCGGGAGCGACGACACCGGCGACAGCGACACAAGGAACUGACCUCAAGGGUCAGCCAAAGCGACUCCACGUCAGCAACAUACCUUUUCGUUUCAGAGACCCUGAUCUCAGGGCAAUGUUUGGACAAUACGGUCCUAUUUUGGAUGUAGAAAUAAUAUUUAACGAACGUGGGAGUAAGGGAUUCGGUUUUGUAACAUUCGCGAAUAGUGCCCAUGCGGACCAGGCACGUGAGAGGCUACACGGCACCGUGGUUGAGGGCAGAAAGAUUGAGGUGAACAACGCAACAGCGAGAGUGCAGACGAAAAAACCACCGACAGUGCCAAAUGUUUGUGUCCAAUGGCCAGAGGCUGCAGCAUUAAGAGGUGUUGCUAUUCAGCGAGGAAGAGUUGGUCCAGCAGCCAGAGCCGCUUUUCCAGCUGGCGCGGCAUUAGCACUUGCACGUAAUCCAGGACCUCUCGCAGCAGCCGCUGCUGCUACGGCUUUACAUCCCUUUGCAUCAACUGUCUACUACGACCCCUUCUUAGCAGCACACGCAGCGACGCAAGAUCCAAACUACAGGCUGCAGCUGGAAUGGCCGCAAGCAACAACUGACGCAGCAGCAGCAGCCGCGGCGGCAUCUCCUCUCUUGAAGACUCCUCUGUCGACAGCUCAACAAGCGACUUAUGCAGCGGCAGCGACAUACACAGCAGUGGCUGCACGAGCUUAUGGCGCGGCCGCAGCUGCGGCUCAACCCGUUGCAGGAUACGCCGCAGUAGCGGGGUACGGUCGUGAGUAUGCAGAUCCUUACCUUGGGCACAGCAUUGGACCCAUGACAAAUUAUGGGGCGACGGUGUAUCGAGGAGGCUACAACAGGUUUACACCCUACUAAAAAAAAUCCAACUUGUCUAAUGGAAUUUUUUCAUCACUCGAGCAACUCAUGACCACAAUAAUAAUUCCCCCCAGCCACAAACUCUCCCUCUAUAAGUCUCACUAGAAUCCCAGGAGGUGUAAAAAAUAUAAAAUAAGUUAAUAGGCGCACUAGAAAGCCGUGAGGUCAAGAUGACACGAAUAGCGAUGCUGACGAUAUUAAUGGUCAUCGGCGGUGGCACCUAUUCUGGCGUUAAUGAAGAUGAUCAUCAUGUUAGCGGAAAUUAUCGACAACAACCCGGUAAAAUUGUAUGGACAGCAAUGGCAGUGAUGGCAUUAGCAGAUGUCGACAGAACUGAAGAGACUCUCGUAAAAGCAGCAAUCAUCCGUCGAUCGAAAUCGCUGGCGUCAAAAAUUUGUUGGUUGACUGCGACCUCGUGGAUCAUUUUAAUUUAUAUUGACAGCUUGCUUCGUAAAGCGACAGUUGUUUGAGGCCUAGGUGACACAGCUGUGACAUACCGAAUUACGUUGUCAUUCAUCCGAUUAAAAGAACAUUUUUGGUUUAUAUUAUUCUGAAACAAAA